AUGAUUAUUUGCAACAUCAGUGCCAUCAAAGAUUGGAGCACUUUCCUCUCCCAGAUCCUCCCCAGCGUUAACAAGACUCUGAACUUGGUACAGCAAGUGGAAGCCACCACCAGCUCGGUGGUAAGUGUCCUCCAGGACCCUGAGCAGGACAACUACCUGUCCAACAGCCAGUCCAUGAACUCCAGCAACUUCACGGCUGGCCUGGACCACUUGUUCCAGUACUCGUACUCAGACAAUGAUCAGCUUUACAAGGAGUACAAGCCCCCUCCUCGAGACGCCAUCCCCCUACCCAAGGCUGUCCUCUACCUUCUCAUGGCAGCCCUGGUGGUGGUGGCAGUGGCAUACGCCAUCGUUGGGCACCUCAUCAAGGACCUCAUUCAUGACUUUAUAGACUGGAUCUUUGGCCCCAGCCCAGAUGACAACAGCAACAAGAGCGACGUCAACUGCAUCAGCAACAGCGUCAAUGAGAUGAGCGAGAUGCCCGAGGCGCCACGGCGCCGGGACCGCCAGCCCCAGGACGUAGUCAUUGCCAUUGGCGAGACUUGUCACCUGCCACAGCAGACAUGACUGGCG